CCGCAGUCUGACUUUAUGACGCCUGUUUGGCUGUGUGUGGCUAAUGCUAGCUAACAAACACAGGCUGCAGUGAUGUAGUUCACAGAAGAGCCACUUUAACCCGAGGACACCGGCUAACGUUAGCUAACACAUGCUAACACGAGCUAACAGUCUUAUCCGGGUUUGAGGUCGCUUCACCGGGGGCUCAGUUCGCCCAACCCGCUCGCUCGCUGGCUACACGCUAGCUACACGCUAGCUAACUCGCUGGUGUGUGAGGUUAGCGAUGCGCUGCGGUUUGUUUCGGUUAGCUAGCCCAUUAGCUUAGCUGCCAGGCGGUGUUGUUGUUGUUGUUGUUGUUUUUUUGUUGGAGCUGAUAUAAACACACACACGCCACCGUCCCCGCGUUUGAUGCCGCUGCUGCUGUCAGGAGUCCGGCUAAGAUGUGGCAAAGUGUCGGGCUCACGCUGCUGGUCAUUGUGGCCACACUGGUCUGUGCGCUGCUCUUCAUGUUGUUCGGUUGGUAUGUAGUCUGGCAGCUCUUCUUAUCCAAGUUCAAGUUCCUGCGUGAACUUGUCGGGGACGCUGGCACCCCACAGGCUGAAACUCAACCGUCCGAAACCAAGAGCGAACGCACAGCGAACGCCCCGGCUCGAAAUCGGCCCAGGACUGCACGCCAAAGAGUUACCUUUCCAGAAAGCACUUCGUAGAUCGCCCCUGACGGCCACUGUGUCUCUGCACCGGAAACCGCUCUCACACCCUGAUGCUACAGACGCCACCGUGUGAUCAUCAGAGAUCCUCCCCGCCGACCCUGCACUCUACACUACUCCCCCCCUCACCAGGACACUUUAAACCAACCAGGAAGAACUUCUGGUUUCAAAGGGAAAAGCCAUUAAUGUACAUUGCUGUCCAUUUCUUUAUGUCCUCUGUUCGUAUGUUUAUGUACUGAGCAGUGACACCGGGGCUCCACUCUGUCCCACAGUCAUUCUGCAGUAGUGCCGGCCGGCUUUCAUCAGCUCCCACGCUGCUUCCUGCCUCUGGGGAGUGUUGAGCUGCUCCAACACACAAAGAGAUGGAUUCACUCUCUUGCGUACAUGUUGUAAAUCGUGUACUUUUAGCAGAUGUUGGCUGCAAAACUGUCAACGCUGAGCUCGUCUGCAUCAUUUCAACAAGAACAAACUGAAGGUAGAAACUGAAAUUGUGAUAUGUACAACUGACAACUUUAUUUACAACAGAGAGUGCAAUGAAAGGAAUGUUCACGCUGUUAUUUCCCUGUUUCUCGCACAGUGACUAACUCUGCGUGUUAUGGUGGAAACUGUCUCGUGCAGUAGAUGAUGCCCAAAGCCGACAAAUGACAAGGUUUCAUUUCAGUAAAAUGUGAAAUGGGACCUGUUCCUUGCAACUUCUCCUUCGCCCCUUUUUACACACGUUUAUACUUGAAGAGUCAGGAGAACGUUUCAAGGAAGAGACAGUUGGUGUUUUAGAAGCUGCUACAUAGUUUAACUGACGUCUCGGAGAAGAGACGAGGCAGAAAAAACUGCACGAGUCUGAACCUCCUCCCGUUCCCUGUGCCUCUGUCUGUACCAGUGCCUGUCUCGAUGGCAUCCACUGUGUGUUACCCGGCCUCCAGCAGUCACUUAGUGCUCAUUACAUGGCGAGUCGAAGCUGACCAGCGCCUGCUCCAUAUUCCCUCCAGGUACAAUGUUACUCUUGCACCUUCUUAUCAGCGAUGAUUUUUUAUUUUUUUUUUUUCAGAGGAGGAGCUGUAGCUUCAAAUAAACAACGCCAUGAAUAUACUGA